AUUCUGAUUCGUUUGAGACGCGUGGUGUAGCCGCCAUUGUCCAGUCUAAAAAUAAUCACGAUCAAAUCAUAUCACUUAAGCCGUAGUUGCGUGCGAAGAUUCGUCAGCUGAGAAGAUGUUCUAAGAUAGUCGCAACGGGCAUAGUCGGUGAAUGUUUUCGGUCGAGUGACGUGUGAGCUGCUGCUAAUUCUGCGAUUGCGGUGCAGUUAGUAGGUCAUAUGUGCAGUAUUUCCGAGAGGUGUUGAGUUCCGUGUUAGGAGAAGUAGUGUUUUUCGAGUAAAGAUGACCAUGGAAAGUCCACCGGAGGAAGUGGCACAUGCCAGGCUAUGGUUCAACACGAUCGACUAUGCGAUAUUCUUUUCGAUGCUGGGAAUGUCGGCGCUGAUCGGAUUGUACUAUGGAUUUUUCGCCAAGCAAAAGCAGAACAACACGGCCGAAUAUCUGCUCGGCAGUAAACAGAUGAAGGUGUUUCCGGUGGCGAUGUCGCUCACUGCAACUCACAUCUCCGCCGUCACGAUGCUGGGCGUCCCGGCGGAAAUGUACCGCUACGGCACCCAGUACUGGGCCUGUUCCAUCUCCGGAAUAAUCGUCACCAUAUUCAUGGUGUACGUUUUCCUUCCGGUGUUCUUCGAACUGCAAACAACCUCCUGCUAUGCCUACCUGGAGCUACGUUUCAGCAAACGGGUCCGCUCGUUGGCCAGCCUCCUAUUCAUGCUGUACUGUCUGCUGAACGUUCCGGUGCUAAUCUACACACCGGCGAUAGCAUUCAGUCAUGUCAGUGGGAUCAAUUUGCACAUCAUCACGCCAGUCAUAUGCUGUAUUUGCAUUUUCUACACCACUUUUGGGGGAAUACGCGCUGUGAUAUGGACGGAUACUUUGCAAUUUGGAGCAAUGCUGUUGGCGCUCUGCGUGGUAAUGACGCUCGGAACUCUGCAGCUGGGUGGCUUUAUUAACAUUUUCAAAAUUGCUGAUGCAGGAGGUCGACUGAUUUGGUUCAACGUGGAUCCUGAUCCCACCCUGCGGUCAUCGUUUUGGCUAGUAUCGGUAGGGCUCACCUCGAUGUGGAUUUCUAACAUUGGAGUAACCCCGGAAUGCAUACAACGAUUUUUAACUGUUCCAGAUCUAUCGAGUGCCAAAAAGGCAGUUUGGAUAUUCGGUGCCGGACAUAUUAUCGUAAAGCUGUGUUCCGUCUACAAUGGCCUGCUGAUAUUUAGUAAAUACCACGACUGCGACCCAGUUCACUCCGGUUUGGUGAAGAAAAACGAUCAGAUUUUCGCCUACUACGUUCUGGACGUUGCACAGAAAAUUCCCGGGCUGCCCGGAUUGUUUGUCGUGGGAAUAUUUUCCGCUGCUCUAUCAUCGAUGUCGACCACCAUGAAUACCCUAUCCGGAACGAUGUACGAUGACUUCGUGAAGCCUCACUUCAAUUUAAACGAGUCAACGGCAAGCACGGUCAUCAAAUCUAUGGUCGUAUUCAUUGGAGUACUCUGUUUGCUGUUGGUGUUUGUGGUCGAGAAGCUGGGCAGUGUGUUCAGUUUGGCAAUCUCGGUGUCCGGAGUGACGUCCGGUACGCUGUUGGGGAUCUUCUUCCUUGGAAUGUUCUCCCCGAAAAUCAAUGCUAAGGGUGCAUUCUGGGGUGCGAUUAUUUCACUGGGAGCGUUAUGCGUGAUAGCAGCAGGAGCUCAGUUGGAGAUCCUUAAUGGGAAUCUUAAGUAUCAGAGUCUGCCGCUACGGUAUGAUGGCUGCUCGGGAUUCAAUUCAACUGGCACGGAAACCUCUACCUUCUAUGUCGACGCUGAGGGACAUGACAAUUCCGAGGUGCCUUGGGUGUUCCGAUUGGGUUUCAUGUACUACUCCCUUCUGGGCACGGUCAUAGCCGUUGUAGCGGGAACCAUCAUUAGUUUCAUCACGGGAGGUCAAAAGGAACCCAUUCCAGAGCAGCUACUAACGCCCUGGGUUCGCCCUCUGUACAGACCGAUUCGCAGCGUCGACGACUACGAGUGCAAACUUACCAAAAAUCAGCUGUACGCGGUUAAGGAGGUGCAAAAAAAUUGUAAAUAGAAUUACUCUAAGAUCAGAUCUUUAUUGUAAAUAGUUCUAAAAAAUAUUUCAAAUAUUAAAUCAAUGCUACCGUUUAUCUGGCUUUCCCAGAGCAGGCCUUACGUAAGUUUUGGAACCCAUUCGUUGGUUGAUGUACUGCUGACGAA